UCUGACAGCGGAAAUGUCUACCCGACGUAUAUCUGCAUUUCUGGUUUCCUAUUGUUGGUUACUCUGAUGGAAGAGGCAAAACCUGUACUUGGAGGGAAAGGAGGAGGAAAAUUUUCGAAGCUAUCGAACAGGGUGAAGGAGCUGGAGGAGAGCAUGGAGGAACUAGGAGAAUGCAAAGAGGCUUGCUCGAUGAUCUCUGAACUAAAAGAGCGGCUUACUGCUGUAGAGGGAGAGAUUGAAGAGCUGAAGAAAGAACCGCCGACACACCCCCCAACAAACCCCCCUCCACUGGCUCCAGAGUGUGAAGGCUACAAAGUUCUGGACAGCGCUGACAGGAAGAAUACCUACGGUAUGGGCAAUGCGGCAUGUGACAACAACAUGGAAGAAGCGUGGUACCGCUUCACCGGAGCCGCAGGCUCAAAGAUGCCAGAGUCAUCACCGAAUAAAAACAUGUGUGGCACGCAUGCACCGGGGUGGCUGAAUGGACAACAUCCAUCCGUUGCUGAGGGAAAGGUAUCCAGACAAGUUUGUUUCAACUGGAAUAGCAACAGUUGUAACUGGCAAGCCAACAUUGAAGUACUAAACUGCGACUCGUUCUUUAUCUACAAACUGGUGAAACCGCCCGCUUGCCAACUCCGUUAUUGUGGCAGUGACUAAAGGAUGAUGGGCAAUUAAAACUGAAGCACGUCACAGGUUUACCGCUGAACCUUACAAUCAGAUUUACUAAAACUUUACAAGGGAAAGGGGACGUAUACUUAUAUCAGCCUUAGUACUUGAUAUCAGCUGGUAGCAUAAGUUUUUUCUGUAAUGGGGACUUGAAUGAUUGAAAAGAGAAAUAAAGAAUUCAUUAUUGGCGCGGGAAAA